UGUGCCUUUUGACUAUUACAAUGAUUCUGGCGAACCAGCAGCAUAUCCCCACAACUUCGAUUCGAAAAUCGAUUCAGUAUUAAAUAACCAACAAACCGAAAAAGAAUUCAACACAAAGCCGUUCAAGAAGCAACACAAAAUCAUUGCUGAUAUGUCCGAAACUGUAAAACAUCUUAG